AUGUUGCUUGAAGCAAAGCAGGCUGAUAUCGAUCAUAUCAUUGAGGGACCCAAUUCAGCCAGCCCAACCACCACCGUCACCAACAAAGAAGCCCGUAUUAGGGGCUUAGCCUUCCUGAAUACCCCCGGCGAUGGAGUCCCUAGGCAGCUACCGGGGGUACAAGCUCAUGCCCUAAUAACACCAGAGCGGGUUGAUAAGGCUCUGUUUGGUCAGAGCACUAAGAAGGCCCCAGGAAUGACAGGCUCAAUUUUAAGGGUCUUCAGCGGCUCUGGGGUUUUGACUCGGAGUGCCUGGUGGCCAUUGCCAGGCAAUGCUUCCGCCUGGGAGCUCACGCGGACGCCUGGAAGGUUGCCAGGCGUAUACUACUGA